AUGGCUUCCGCAAACACGGAAGAGUUGGACCAGCCUGUUGAUUUGUUGUCUUUCGUCGAGGAUUCCGGCGGUGGAGCCACGGCACUUUGGGAUCCCGAUUUAAGUAACGACUGGGAAAAGGAAAAACCCAAAAGCCAAUGUAUUGUUCGCAUAAAACGCGACAUAAUGUCCAUCUACAAUGAGCCCCCACCAGGGAUGUGCUUAGUUCCAGACAAAGAAGAUAUCACCAAGCUGCAUGCCUUAAUAACUGGACCAUUUGACACACCUUACGAGGGAGGGUUUUUCUACUUCCUUAUCCGAUGUCCACCGGAUUAUCCAAUUAGACCCCCACGGGUGAAACUUCAGACAACAGGGGGUGGUCGCGUGAGAUUUAAUCCUAACCUUUACAGAAAUGGGAAAGUGUGUCUAAGUAUAAUUGGGACAUGGUCUGGCCCGGCAUGGAGCCCAGCCCAAAGUUUAUCCAGUGUUCUUAUCUCUAUACAGUCUCUUUUGAACGAAAAACCAUACCACAAUGAACCAGGAUUCCAUGUGGAGCGGAAUGCAGGAGAUGCCAAACGGUAUAACGAUAUAAUUCGGCAUGAGACUUUACGUGUGGGCGUGUGUGACAUGUUGGAAAAGCGAUGUGCGUGUCCUGUUGCACUGAGAGAAGUUAUGGAGAAGUCCUUCCCCGAUUAUUACGACUACUAUGUCGGCAUAUGCAAAUCCAACAUGCACAAACAAGGGGAAACUAUGCAGGACCCAUUUGGUGAGAGAAGAGGCACGUAUGACUAUGAAAAUAUACUGAAAAGACUCGAAAACAUACAUAAAACAGUGAGUGAUAAACUGCCAAGUUCAGAUACGGAGUCUUCAGAUACGGACUUGGAAUCCAGUACUUCAGAGAGAUGAUACAUGGGAGAUAAAAUAGUUGUUUAGGAACAAAUUAGAUCAAUUAAUUGGUAGUGGUUAUGUUAAUGAGGUUGGUGGAAGAUAUUUUAAUGAGCAUAAGUAUUAAUAAGAUACAAUUUUGUGUUCAUGUACUGAUGUCGUGUUGUUUGGCCUGGAAAUGAUUCAUUAGUAAGGCAACACUGUGUUUUGUCAUAGUAUUCUUUAAAUGUGUUUGUUCAUUGAUUCACGUCCUGCUGAUUCCACCUGCCAUGUUAUGUUGUUUUUAUAAUAACUAAUAAUUUACUGUUCUAACAUGAAGCAUAUAACAAUCUAGACCAACAACUACUUAUGUUUUAUUUAUAUACUUUAUGGAAUAAUUUUGGACUUUUUACCUUUUUUAUUUACAUUGAUUAUACUAUGAUUGCACUUAAAAAAUACAGAUAAAGAACAUGGCUUAGAAAACAGAUAUUUUAAACAAUAUCACUUUCCAUCAUGAGCGAGUUUUUCAUCAAGCAUCAACCAUCAUGUUAAUGUUUAUGUGCUAUACCAUUGUGAUAAUUAUGUUUUUGUACAGUGAUACAGGGUAUGUGUGAUGAAAAUAUGCUUCCUAUCUAGAUGCACACAUUGGUCAGCAGUUGAUAUGUAUGUUUUCAAUACUUGUUUAGAAUAUAAUGCACAUCCCAUACUGUGCUUCUUAGUAUACAUAAACAUGUUAGUCUCUAUUUAACUUUUGGAAGGAAAAAAGUCCGGAUAUGUCAUAUCCAUGCUCUGUACCCAUCAGAGUAGUUAUAAUUUAGGUACUGGUUUGAGCUUUUAUUGUUCACUUUAGUAUCAGGAAUCUGUGAAUGUUGUGAACAUGCUGGCAUAUACAUGUAUGUUUACUUGUGCAAUAUAAAUGUAAUAAUGUGUGUAAAAGACUUUCUUGAUAUAUGUGAUGAUAUGUAUUAAAACCACCAACAUAAUUACGGGAUAAACCAAAGAAGUUGAAUCUCUUCUUUGACAAAUUUUAACCUCCACUGCUGAUUUUGCAGUUAACCACCAGUUGCGGCAUUUAACACUGCUUGAAUAGUUCAAGCUCCUGAUUUAAGUUUCCAGAGAUGGAUAGCCUUUGUUGUAAUUUUGAUGAAGAACCCAGCUAAAAACAGUAUCUGCGAAAAGGCCCAUUAAGAGGAAGCAAAUAUGAGCUUUGUAAGAAAUUUCUUCGACAAAAUUGAAAAAAUGCUACAUUGCAUAAUGGUCAGUUUUUACAUUAGUUAUUUAUUGUUCAAUUUUGGGGUAUCAGCAGCUUUAAGAUUUUGAUUUAUCGUAACAAUGAUAGUAAUUGUAAAUUUUGAUGCCAAGUGACCAUGUUAUUUUGGUUACAUUUGAAAGGAUAUUACUCAAUGAUUAGUAAUCUUAAAAUAAAAUUACUAAAACAAAUUUUAAAGAUAAAGUUAUUGCAGUUCAUGUUUUUUUUAUAUAUAUUUAUCUUCCUUUUUUUAACUAUUAUUUUUGCUUAUAUUAAAAACAUUUUCAAAUGAUACCAAAAUAAUAUGAAGUCACCAAGCACCCAACAUCCCUGUCACUGAGCGUAGAAAACCAUUUGACCCAAACUAUAAUUCUUGUGUUAAAGAACAAGAAAAAAAUGAGAUAUGUUGUAUUUCACUAUUAAGAGAAAGCCUUAAGGUACAUUUCCUAACCUCAGUAACAAAAAUGUUGUUAUUUUAUCCCACUGAGUUCAUAUUGUUGAUCAUCCUUUAAUGAUAUUGUACAUUAUAGUAUCACAAAUGUGAUUAUUUUAUAAUUAUGCUGUUUAUAAUUGGGGUUUAUUUUAUUUCAGUUCAAUGUUUUUGUUAUUGUUUUUUGGUAUAAAUAAUAAAUCCUGAAUAUAUUAAUUAUACAAGGGUUUACCCUUGACUAAACCGGUUUUCUCCAUGUUAUCAAAUGUGGUCAUAGUUCUCAAAAAGAUCUAUGAUCUUUAUAUUUGUUUUUCAAUAUAAACAGUUAUUUUCUCUAUUUGUUGGUUACAUUGUUAUGCCCCUUUUGAAGAAGCAGGGGUAUAUUGGUUUGCACAUGUUGGUCUGUUUAUUAAACCUUGUCUGAAUGAUAUGUUCAGAACAUUUGGCCUUAGGUCCUCAAACUUAAUAAGAAGGUUGGUCAUGACCAGUAGAUGACCCCUAAUGUCAUGAUAACUGUGACCUUUAUUAAAAAAGCUAGUCAGAUUAACUUAAGUAUACUUGGGCCUGCAGUUCUCAAACUUGGUAGGGAGGUUGGUCCUGACCAGCAGAUAACCCCUCUUGAUUUGAGGUCAAUAGGUCAAAGGUCACAGUUGUAGUAACCGAGUUCAGUAAAAUAAUUGUCCAAUUGAUAACUUGAAUAUGCUUUGGCCUAAGGUUUUCAAACUUUGUAGAGAAGUUGGUCUUGACCAGCAGAUGACCCAUAUUGAUUUUGAAGUCAAAUGUCUCAAUCGCAGUGACCUUUAACAUAAAAUCCUUGUCUGAUUGACAAUAAGGGUAUGCUAAAAUUCCUACAAAAGACUAUUUCUUUGAAGCUUUGCUAAAAUUUCAUCUUUUAAAUUUCUGAUUUUCACAUUAAAUUUUGCUCUCAUUAUAUUUUACAGUCAUUACUAACUGAUGUGUUUUUUUUUGAAAGCUGCAAGAAAUUGCCAUAGUAUUAUUAACAUAAUGGUUACAACUUACAACUUCAGUUGACCAUGAAGCAGCUAUCUGUAUAAGAUGCAUUGCUAUCUUUUUAUCAUCAAUUUAACUGUUGCUCUGCUGUCGGGAUGAUGCAUUCAUGUUUUACUGGAAUUGAUUACUCAUCAACUCCAGUAACAAAAUACAGAAAUGGUCAAUUACUUCUAUUUUAACCUCAAACUUGGAAGGGAUAUUGGUCAUAACCUUAAAUAACCCCACAUUCAUUUAAUGUGAAAUGACUUAAUUGCUUCAAUUAGGGGAGCAUGCAUGUUUGAAACACAUUUCUUGUUUCUUAUUGUUUUGUUAAAAUUAUUGUUGUUGUAAAUUGUUUUAAAAUGCGUUGUUAUUUUUUUUCUAUUCAAUAUUAUGCAUGUAUUAAAAACUAGAAUCAAGUAGGCGCACUUGUUUGACAAAUAUGUUAAGAAUGUAUGUACACUUUUUCUGCCAAUAAAAAUCAGUCAUGGCAAAUCUGUUAAAAAAAAAAUUAAAACAAGAAUUGUCUUAGUUUCACUUUACUGGAAGAACAGUUGUCAGUUGAUCUACCAUAGAAGAAUUAUUUCCUUUCUUUUGUUGAUUUAUAAAUGGUUCACACAACCUGUUGUCAAACUGCAGGUUCUUAAUCAUAUUUAAUCUUUAUUGCUGUAUUUUGUUGUCAUCGAUGUUAAAAAAUACCCUGACCUUGGUCUCAACUAAAAAAGUGUAAAAGAUAUAAAACUGGAACUUGGUACACAUGUUUCACAUGUAACUUGUUACAAUACGCACGUGUGAUGCAAGGCCCAUGACUCCGGCUGUAACAAUGUUUUAUUUUUGAGGGAGCGAUGGCGUUUUCUUCGUGGCACCUUUGUUGAGGUUUUUUUUGUCGAUGUAUAUAUAUGUUGCACAUAUUUAACUGUGCAAAAGCACAUUCUUGAUCAGCUUACGUCUUAAUGGGUGUAUCUAUUAUUGUUGUCAUGUUAUAAGCCUCACCUUUCAGAAGUCAGAGUGUAGUUGUAUUUUUGAAGGGUGUUAAGUAAUAGUUACUGCACCACAAACAGAGCUAUGGAGAUUAAACACAGCGUCAAGGUAAAGUCAAUCACAGCUUUGCGGGUGAUGUAACUGUUUUUAACCAUAAUGUCAAGAACAACCUUUAUAGCUGCAUUCUCACAGAUUUGACCAAAUUUUCAUUGUUUGUCUCAGAAUAAGCAGAAUUUGGCAUCAGUGUUUUCAUAUCAAUCAUAUAGGAUAAUACACAACAGAUUAGAUAUCAAUGAUUUGGAAACCUGAAGAAAUUUUCAUUUUUCUUAAAGCGCUAGAAAUGCUUUUGGCCAUAUUUGCCUUUUUUGAGCAUAAAUAUUUAAGACAGUGAUUUGAAGCAGAAGUCAGAAUCACCGUUUUUCAGACAUUUUCGCAAAACUUGGCUCGUUCCAAGACAACAAAAAAUAAUAAAAAAACGGUCAAAUUGUGAGAGUGCAGCUGUGGCGGCAUACGUUAUUUAUCCACACAGUAGUUAUUGAACGGUUAAGUUCAGCCUCCUUUUUACUGUUCCGAUGUGGGAGUUAAUGAUUAGAAGAAAACACUGAAACAUGGUUCACGACCAGUAUAAAUUAUCUUUGUUUUGUUCUGUAUAAAGUUGCACAUUGUUCACGUGCAAUAAACAUACAUAAUGUUGUAGUUUAACUAACAUUUCAUUUUCCAUUAUAUAUAAAACUUUUAUUAACUGGUGUUUAAUGACUUUUUUUAAAAUUAAAAUGUAGAGUGGCGAACUAAUGUAUUUUUUUAUAAAUAUAUUCCUAACUUUAUUUCUGCCGCCGGACGUUUCAUUUUCAACAAUAAUGGAAAGGUAUUAGUUGACUCUUUUUACAGAUAAUUAUGUUAAUAAAAGACCAAACCUA